AUGGCCCGCUACACCGCCCAGCUCCUCGCGCUCUUCGCUGCUCUCCUCCCCCUCAUCCUCUCGGUGGUCUCGUCCCCGUUCCCCGUGGCGACCCCGUUCCCGGGCGUGAGCACCCAGUCUGUACGGAGGACCGACCAGCCCACAUUCCCGAGCGAUAACCCUUCGUGCCCCAUUUGCGAGGCCAGCUACUCGAGCAUCAGCAGCUGCGCGCAAGCUGCGCCCGUCCUGGAGAACUUCACACUGAUCCUCUUCAACCCGUCUGCGUUCAUUGACAUCAUUCAGUGCGCCUGUACCGAUACCUUCCAGAGUGCAUACCCUCAGUGUGUCGAUUGCUUCAUCCAAACGAAUCAGACGCAGUUCUUGGACGCGGACGCGAACGAGCUCCCCUCUAUCGUCUCCGGCAUGCGCAGCGUUUGCGCCCUCGCUUCUACCCUCCUCGGCGGCGUCGCAAGCGCAGACGGCGAGGUUCCUUCGUCUACCACCACCUCCACGGCCCCCACCUCGGCAACAACAGGGGACACCCAGAAACCAAUCAUGGACGAUCCCGCGAAUCCGUUCGUGUGCCGCACACCGCUCCCGCCGCGCAAGCGCGGUGCCCCGGGCGCGGUCACCCCGAACCUGUUCUCCGCGACCAAGCGGCGGCGGAUGUCGUUAUCUGACGAGCGAGAGCGGGAAUUUGAGAUUGGACUGCAGGCGGAGACGUCGUAUAACGCCAAGGUGGAUGUGUCCGAUCGCUUCAUCUCAGCUCCCAAAGAAAUCGCUGUACCCCUUCAAGCAACACCUCGCACCCAACGCAUCGCACGCUUCUUCGGGCUCGCCGACGACCGCAUCCUCCAGUACACCGACACCAACUCCGAGCCAUCCAAGAAGAACCAAAAUCAUCUGAAGCGCCACCGCUUCAACUUCCGGCAGCUCACACAAACCAAGCCUGCGCUAUCCCCCGCGUCAGCGGCCUCAAAUCUCGGCUCCCGUCGCCAGUUUGUGCUAGCACUCGACGGCCCCGGCAUCCCCUCAGACCUGUUUGCCUACCCGAUGUCCUGGUCCGCGCGAAAUGCGAUCGCCGUUGCAUGUGGACUAGACGUUUACUACCAAGAGCUCUCGACGCGCAAGAUCACCCACCUCCUGAAGCUGCCCCCGCGCCCGCGCGGCCGGCUCGUCUCCAUCGCGUGGGCACGCCAGAGCCCGGAGGUGCUCGCGGCGGGCACCGGCGCGGGCGAGCUCCACCUCUGGGACGCGGACGUGGGCGAAGCCACCGCGAAGUGGACGGAGCGCGAGGACGCGGACGUGGGCGGCCUGAGCUGGACGGGGGACGUGCUCGCGUACGGGCUCGGCGACGGCGCGGUCGUGCUGCGCGACCGGCGGGAGAGCGAGGCGGCGGCCCCGGUGGCGCGGCUGGACCUGCACCGGGACAAGGUGCACGGGCUGGCGUGGCGGGACGACGGGAUGUACCUCGCGAGCGCGGACCACGCGGGGGUCGUGCAGGUGUGGGAUGCGCGGGCGAGCAAGGCGCUCACGGCGGACGGCCGGCUCGGGAGCAAGCUCAAGCACCGCGCUCCCGUCAAGGCCCUCGCCUGGUGCCCGUGGAAGCCGGAGCUGCUCGCGACGGGCACGAUGUACCCCGACGGCCGGAUCCGGGUCUGGAACACGAAGGGCACGCUGGGCACCGCGCCGCCGGUGCACAUGCUCGCGCUGAACACGUCCGUGACCUCCCUCGUCUGGUCCCCGCACUGCAAGGAGCUGCUCUCCACCCACGGCAUCUCCUGGCUCCCCCGCGGCGGCGCGCACGACUCCUGCCCCGACCUCCCCUCCUCCAUCUUCUCCGGCCCCGGGUCCAGCGCCGGCUCCAGCUCCACAGGGGCGGGCUCCAACGCGCGCGGGCGCGGCGGCGGCGGCGGGGGGCGGCAGCGCCCGAUCUCGGCGCGCACGUCGUACACGAACGCGCUCGCGGUGCACGCGUACCCGAGCCUGAAGCGCGUGCUCUCCGUCGGCGCGCACACGGGCCCGAUCGGGCACGCGUGCCUCUCGCCGGACGGGACGAGCGUGUUCACGAUCUGCCCGUCCGAGGAGGCGAUGAAGAUGUGGGCGGUGUGGGGCACGCGCGAGCGCGCGGAGCAGCGGGAGAGCGUGUUCGACAAGUGCCUUAUCCGGUGA